AUGGAGCAUACUGAGUCGUCGUCCAGGAAGAGAUCGCCUUGCGACCCCGGGGAUUGUUCUUCGCCGCCGAAGCGCGGCCGCGUCGAGUGUAGAACAAUGGCAGGAUUCACGGACGACGAUCAUGAGGAGCUGGGCCUUGACCUGACGCUUCGGCUUGGUUUGUCAAGCACAACACAGAACCAGAGGGUGCAGUUUCAAGCACCAGCAGUGGAGGAUGAAAUCACUAAGUUGGAAGAGGUUCGAGCAGAACUCGCUGAAGCAGAGCAGAAGAAUUUGCUUCUGAAGGAAAUGCUCAGUGAAGCGACCACGGAGAACGACGAACUGCGAGAUCGUAUAUCGACGCUGUUGUUCGAAGGCAGAAAUAAGCAGGCGAACCAGGCGACUGAUAAAGGAGAAGAAGAUGAGGACCGCCCCUCCUCUUCCUCCAACCUAGAUCAAGCCGAGCGAAACAUGAAGAAGCCCCAAGUUUCGCUUCGGAUCCGGACCGAUAAACCGAUGACUAUGGAUGGCUGUCUCUGGAAAAAAUACGGGCAAAAGAUGUUGGGGAGCGUUUUUCCUCGAGCUUACUAUCGUUGUUCUUUAAUGAAAGACUGCUCUGUUAGAAAGAAGGUUCAGCGUUGUGCUGAGGAUCCAACAGUGUGGAUCACUACCUACUGGGGGGGGUCGCAUGACCACCUGCUUCCUGAUGACGCCGUCGCGACGGCCAGCGGCACGUCGGAGGCCAUGUCCAUGUUGUUGUCCGGCUCUUUGUCCUCCACGAACUAUGGGUCGAUCUCCAGAGACAGCUUUUUGGCCGGAGCGACGAUCUCGGCGAUCGACCCUUUCCCGUCUGUCAUGGUUGACUUCACUCGCCCCCCGCCCGACGUUGACAGGAUGAGCGAGUUGACUAGAACCGUUUUCAGCGAUCCUGAAUUCAAUGCUGCACUCGUCGCCGCGGUCACUGCUUCCUCCAGGGUUCUCGGAGCCGACGGUGACGGUCAAGGGGAUGGCAAAGAAAGUGUGAAAUAA